AUGGCACAGAAUUCCGAUUGCAGUGAUGCUGUUCUCUCCGCAAACAUAAGAUCUCGCUUGUACGAACUUUUUGGCCUAAUAGAAAAGGAGUUCGAAGCGCUAUACAUUGAAAAUCUUACUCUGCGAUCAAAAAUCGAGGAACUGACCGAUGGAGGCGCGAUUCCGGCAGAAAAGGCCGCAGAGUUGUUGUUCACCGGCAACUCGAAUGACUUGGUCGUGAACAAAGCUUUCGGCGCCAAAAAAGGCAGUCAAAUGGGUCAGAAGAUCAAAACCGCGUUUCGAGUUCCACAGGGCAAAAAUCUGGUGUCCAGUUUCAAAGCUGGCGUCGUCGGUGGCGAUACGGGACGCAUCCGGUUUUGCCGAACCUUCAUUGGUCAUCGCGAUGGCGUUUGGCACGUGGACGUCCGGAAGUCGAUGCUGUGCUCUGCUUCGACCGAUCAAACAGCGAAGAUUUGGUCGAUCGACACCGGCUUAUGCAUUUGCAAGUACGUUGGACACAGUGGUUCUGUCAACUGCUGUCGCUUCCAUCCGUCGCUGUACAACAAUACCGAGCUGUUGGUAGUUACAGCAAGCGGUGAUCAGUCGGCUCACAUAUGGAAAACGCCGUCGCUGCAGUUAUCCGCUCCCGUGCAAAGCCAGCUGCUUUCUCCCGCUCCUCAUCAUUCUUCAGAGGAUGAGGUAGAAAAUUCAGAGAAGGAGGAGAAUAAUGACGGUGAGCUAGUGUUUAUUCACAGCAUUGAUAUUGUAGAAAACGAAUCGUCGUUGACCAUAAAGUCACCGGUCUUGCGACUAACUGGUCACACUGCGCCGGUGGUGGCCGUCGAUUGGUUGGCCACCGAUAACCAGAUCAUCACAGCGUCGUGGGAUAGAACGGCGCUGAUCUACGACGCGGAGCGCGGCGAAAUCCUCAACAUUCUUACCGGCCACGAUCAGGAACUAAAUUACUGCUGUGCGCACGCGUCUCAAAAACUCGUCGUUACGUCCAGCAAAGACACGACGUUUCGGUUGUGGGAUUUUCGCGAGUGUAUCCACUCGGUGGCUGUGUUUCAGGGGCAUUCGAAUUCCGUAACGAGUGCCAUCUUCUCAAGCGGUGACAAGAUCAUUUCCGGAAGCGAUGACAGGACGGUGAAGGUGUGGGAUUUUCGGAACAUGAGAACCGCUCUGGCGACCAUCAGGACCGACUCGGCCGUGAAUCGUCUUUCGUUGUCGAAGACGAACAGUUUGAUCGCCAUUCCUACCGACAACCGCCAGAUCAAGGUUUGCGACUUGACCGGCAUCCGGAUUACACGAGUUCCCGUUUCGAGCAGACGAGGACACCGCCGAAUGGUAUGUUGUGCCGCUUGGGCGGACGAAACCGCAUCUUGCAACUUAAUAUCAUGUGGAUUCGACCGACAAGUGCUAGGUUGGACCGUAACAGUCAAUCAGUACAAAGAAAAGGAUUAG